GUGCAUUUCUACAUCAGCGUCAAGCAGCCGUGAAGAAGAAACCCGGAAGUUCUUCCUGCUGCUUGCUCCUUUGAGCUAACCGUACGUUGGUGUCAUCGUCUUAGAGGUUUUGGGCGUCCGCCCGCGGAAACUACAGCCCUAUUUGCGUGUCCAGACCCGAAUAUAUAUUUUUCCGGGGUCUCUUGAGAGAUGAACAGCAACGGGAACAAGAGAGCUCCAACCACAGCCACUCAGCGACUUAAGCAGGAUUACCUCAGGAUAAAGAAAGACCCUGUGCCUUACAUCUGUGCUGAACCUCUCCCCUCCAACAUCCUAGAAUGGCACUAUGUGGUCAGAGGUCCUGAAAAAACUCCGUAUGAAGGGGGAUACUAUCAUGGAAAGCUCAUAUUUCCUCGGGAAUUCCCUUUUAAGCCGCCAAGUAUUUACAUGAUAACACCUAACGGCAGAUUUAAAUGUAACACCAGGCUAUGCUUGUCCAUCACAGACUUCCACCCGGACACGUGGAACCCGGCGUGGUCCGUCUCCACCAUCCUCACGGGUCUGCUCAGCUUCAUGGUGGAGAAAGGUCCCACCCUGGGGAGCAUCGAGACGUCUGACCACGCGAAACGACAGCUGUCAGCCCAAAGCCUCGCUUUCAACCUCAAGGAUAAGGUCUUCUGUGAAUUGUUUCCCGACGUCGUCGAGGAGAUGAAGCAGAAACAGAAAAUUCAGGAAGAGAUAAACGCCCGCACUCAGCCCCUCCCCUUGCCCGAUGUGGUGCCCGAUGGCGACCACCAGCAGGCCCAUUACGGCCUCCCCGCCCUCAACGGCGGUCCCGUCCCGCUCGGGGGCGCCAACCCCGCCGCGGGCCUGCAGCAGCCCAACCGCAACCACGGACUUUUAGGGGGCGCGUUAGCCAACCUCUUUGUCAUCGUGGGCUUCGCCGCGUUCGCCUACACGGUCAAGUACGUGCUGAGGAGCAUAGCGCAGGAGUGAGCGCGGGACGGACGCUACUUGGACCAGGGAGGUUCGAUCCCUGGGACCACCGUGGACUCAAAAGUGAGCCGCCCAGGAAGGACUGCGGGGGGGGGUGGAGGGGGGAGUAAAAGCAUCGGUGGCGGAAACAAACACGGCUCAUGGGUUGUGGAGGAGUCGAGUCUUUUAUGGCGCCUGGAGUGGAAAAAAAAAACCCCACUCCUCUCCUCCUGCUCUUGUCAAACACACUUCCUCCCGCUUUUUGUUGUCACACGCUAUGAUCACUUAGCGCAUCACGAAGACCCACCGAGACGCAUCAGGAAGCUCUGGUCUACCUUCAAUCACCUCAACUUCACUUACUCGUUAUCAUAAUCAUGGUCUCUAAGACGAAACAUGAAAAUGUCACCUUUGUCGCUCUAACGAGAAGAAAGUAUUAGGAUGUGUUCCCUCCACUUAACCCAUGAGCCCCGUAGUGAGUCGGGACCAGUGCACUUAGCUAAACGUCAUUGGUUUAGCUAACCAGUACAACACCGCUGGGAACGAUGAUGAUGAUCCCAAUAAGGACACACGCGUGGCAAGAAUCAACAUUUUCUGUAAAUUUACUUUUGAUUUUUUUUUUUUGUCCGUUUUAAUUUAUAAAAAAAAAAAAGCCUUGGGGCGUGUACUCAUGCUUCCGAGGAAGUGUUUUACUACACAAAUAAAAGUGUGACCGACCCGGCGUUCACAUGACUGCUGA